CGCGCACUCGUAAAAUUCUUUAGAUGUAUAAAAUAAUCGCGUGUAUUUUUUUAUUAUUUUCGUAGUGUUAACUGUCAAAAAAAGUGAUAUAUAGUGCCAGAAAGUGUUUUGUGUUUUUUUUAAAGGAGUUCUCUUUUUAUUGUACCAGUAAUUUUCAUGGCAACCAAAAAAAAAGUUGUUCGUUUGCCUUCCGUGGACAUUAGUUGAUAUUCAUGAUGUUUUCUUGUACAAUUGAAGAAAGAAUACCACUUAUAAGAGUACAGGCUGAAGAGGGAACUACUCGAACACCAGAUGGAGAAGAGAACGAUGGUAGCGACAACAAUGCUGGUUCCUCUAGAGCUAUAUCAGCAGCCACAUCUAGAGAAGAAGACGACGAUUCAAGUAUCAACGCUAGUAAUGAAAGCAAGAGUCCUGGACAAAGAACAAAGUCGAAUCAAAGGUGGAUGAAGCUGAGAACAACAGUUCAACUGAGUUCAGCCAUCCAGAAGAAACCGCCAUUGAAGAGAGAAGAUUCGUUUCUAAAGAGGUUCUCGACGCGACAAAUACCUGAAACGCAGGAAACAGUAGAGGACACGGGCUCAGAAGGAGCUACCGGUGAACAAAGAGUAACGAACCGACAGAGACGACGGAAAGUCCGUGUGCCCCGAACUGUUGUAAAUCCUGAUGAAAACUUCUACUUCUACUGGCUUUGGUUGAUCACUAUCUGCGUCUUAUAUAAUCUGUGGACCCUCAUUGUGCGACAGAGCUUCCCUGAACUUCAGAUAAUGUGCCACUAUUUCUGGGUAGCUUGCGACGGCAUUGGAGACAUUGUGUUUGCAUUGGACCUGGUCGUUCAGCUGAGAACUGGAUAUUUAGAACAAGGGCUUAUGGUAUAUGACUCAAAGAAAUUAGCAAAACACUACGUAUACUCACGAUCAUUUCUCCUGGAUAUCACCGCGCUUUUACCAUUGGACCUUCUGCAAUUGAAGAUUGGAACCAAUCCGAUUAUACGCUUCCCAAGAUUCCUUAAGGUGUACAGAGCUGUAAACUGCUACUAUAUAGUGGAGUCCAGGACUGUGUACCCAAACUUUUGGAGAGUGAUUAAUUUAAUCCACAUCUUACUUAUCUUGGCUCAUUGGUUUGGAUGCUUCUAUUUUCUACUAUCUGAAGCUGAGGGAUUCCAGGGUGAUUGGGCAUACCCGCAUCGACCAGGCGACUACGCGACUUUGACGCGUAAAUAUCUUGGGUCACUAUAUUGGUCGACUUUAACCUUGACCACGAUAGGAGACCUGCCCACGCCUGAGACUAACGCUGAAUACAUAUUCACGAUUGUAAGCUACUUGAUUGGCGUUUUCAUCUUCGCAACGAUAGUGGGUCAAGUUGGUAACGUCAUCACUAAUAGAAACGCGAAUAGGCUAGAGUUCGAGCGACUAUUGGAUGGAGCGAAGACUUAUAUGCGACAUCAUAAGGUUCCAGGAGGUAUGAAGCGUCGAGUACUUCGAUGGUAUGACUACUCAUGGUCUCGUGGAAGAAUUCAGGGCGGUGGCGAUAUAAACACUGCAUUGGGUCUGUUACCAGAUAAACUGAAGACCGAACUGGCUUUACAUGUUAAUUUAAGCGUUUUAAAAAAGGUGACAAUAUUUCAAGAAUGUCAACCAGAAUUUCUUCACGAUUUGGUUUUAAAAAUGAAGGCCUAUAUAUUUACGCCCGGUGAUUCGAUUUGUAGAAAAGGCGAAGUAGCGAGAGAAAUGUUUAUAAUAGCAGACGGUAUACUAGAAGUAAUAUCAGAGACUGGAAGAGUUUUAACUACAAUGAAAGCAGGCGAUUUCUUUGGAGAAAUAGGAAUUUUAAACCUCGAUGGUCUAAACAAGCGCACAGCGGAUGUAAGAUCUGUCGGAUAUUCUGAACUUUUCUCUCUUUCACGUGAAGAUGUUUUAGCAGCGAUGAAAGAUUAUCCUGAAGCUCAAGAUAUUUUACAGACUUUAGGCAGGAAACGUUUACAAGAAGCGAAAAGCAUGUCGAGGCAAAAAGUUAAAAGUGAAAUAAGUCCAGAUAAAUCAGCUGGGGACGGAAGUGCUCCUAAAAGAAUAGUCCACAAAUUACGUACUGAUGUAAAGGGAAUAAGGAACGCGAUUCGAAGCAGGUCACGUGUGGGUCGACGCUCCGGCGAGUCAAUGGAGCUGCAAGCGCUCGCUGCUGAGCCCAAGCUGCGCCGCAUGCCGCGCGUUGAGAGCGAUGACUCACAGCCACAGCACCAAGAUGACAACGAUGAAACGACUUCUGGGAGCAAAGAUGGUGAAAAAGUUAUUUCACCUAUUGGAGCUGGCUUGCCAUUACUAUCGCGGUUAAAACUAUUAAAAGAAAAACAGGAUCGAGAAGAAAAAGUUGCAAAACAGAGACUUUCAACAUCUUCAGUGAUAUUAUCACCUCCUCCCACUCACCCAUUGCCUUCGACUAGUUCAGCGCCGCCUGAUGGAGAACCAGAAGUUAUAGGAGCUGGACUCCCUUUACUGCAAAGACUUUUAUUACUUAAAGCUAAAGAAGAAAGAGAAAAAAAUCAGUUAACACCUACAGUCAGUAACCAACCCUCUAGCUCUGAAACUAUUAGCCCUAGUUCAAUAAAAAGCCCCUUAAGUCCAACUGUAAAAAAUCUUAGCCCGAUGCGAAAAGGCUCCGAAUCUAGUUCACCCGGUAAACUACAGAGUCCAACAACUAAAACAUCAAGGAAAAAUUCUUCGGGCUCGAGUGACGGUGUUUCAAAGCCUAAAGUAAGUUUUCGAGAUAAAAUAUUACAAGUAAAAAGUGAUGGAACUGCAGUUUGCCAGCCACUCACAAAAGGAAUCGCUGAAAAACCAGCAGCAGUAGUAGAACCUACACCAAAAACAGAAGGGAAUUUAAUAUCAAUACCCCAUUCUGUUGUAAGUAAAAUAAAGUCACCAGCUAAGUCUGUCGGGUCUAGUUUUCGAGAAAAAUUAAAAAUAUUACAGGGUGGAGGGUCGUCUAAAGAAAGUGAUACUUCUUCAACAGAGAAAUGUAAAACGCCAGUUAACGAAAAAUCGGCUUUAGAAGUACCUCCCAUUCAGACUAAGGAGAGCCGGGAGGAGCCAAAGACUAAAAAGCCUUGGACUAAACUCAAAAAGGCCGCCAUUUUGGGUGACUCAAAAAGUAAACCUAGCUUAGAAGAUAAAAGUGAAUCUCCAAAUAUUUCUAAAGAUUCAGUAGAAGGAAAUUUACCAGAACCAAACAUAAGUAUUUGUGUGCCAAAAAUUAAUACUGCGCAACUAGUUAAGAUAGAUAAUGCUAAAACGGAAAUUAAAAAUGACAAUCUUACACAAGAUAAAUCAAAAACUUGCUUGCCAACUCCUUCAGAACCCGUCCAAGAAGAGUCCUUAGAUUUAUUGACAUUGUCACCCAAAAAAAGUUUUUUAUCAAAUGAUAAAAUAGCUAACAUAAAAUCAUCAUUAUCAAAAGAUAAAAAAUAUAAAUCUAUUGAUGAUCUUUCACCAGAAUAUGGUGGACUUCCAUUUGUAAAAAAGCUCAAAAUACUCAAUGAACGACAGAAGUUAGCGGAACUUGAAAAAGUUAUUAAAUUUAGAAGUUCAAGUUUAGACUGUGCGAGUUCAUCAGAAGAUUUACUAUGUGAUACCCUUACAAGAAGCCAUUCUGAGGGUAGUACAAUGGAUAAAAGGAAAUUUAAACGAAAAUCUAUAGAUUCAGUUGAAAGCCACGGGUCUAACGAAACUCUCGAAAGAAGAACACUAAAAUCUAUAUUAAAAAAAUUGUCAGAAGAUGUAACGCCUGCAGAAAGUCCUGAAAAAAGCAGGGAAUUAAAAAAACUAAUUCGAGCACCCACGGUGGAAGGAUACGCUAUGAGACAUUCAAAAUUCGCUAAAAGUGUAACAUUUCAUCGACAUACCUUACCAUCACCACCCGCAAGUAUUCCGGUGGAUGAUUCCGAUGAUGUAUUUGAAUUACCAGCUCCAACUGUACCUUUACCACAAAAAACACCCUCAGAUAUAAAUGUACCAAAAUCCUUAGAAACACCUUCACCUCAAGUAAGCAAGCCAUCAAUAUUAAAUACUGAAAAUAUCCAACCAAACCUCAAACAUGACUUUAAGCUACAAUCUAAUUUUGAACCUGUCUACGACUACAAAUCUCUACGACCUGAAGAAAUAAGAGUACCAUCAGACAAACCCAAACUGUCACUAAUAUCAGCGGUAGCAAAUCAACGAAAAUUAUUAAGAGAUCGUUUUAUUUUUCCAGGAUCAAUUGAAGACCAAGAAUAUUUUGGAGAAGUACUCUUUGGUAUUAAGAAAGUAAUUCAAAGGCAUUUGUAUGACGUCCAAGGAAAAUUUCAAGAAAGAUUUGAUACGUUAGAAAAUGAAGUUCGUAAGCGUGAUGAAAUUAUAAGCCAACUGCAAAAUCGAAUACAAGAGCUGGAAAGGUUAGGUUUACCUGGAGUACAACCAAACACUGCAAGUACUGAACAUGCAGUGCAAUUCCAAAGACGCGAUGACUUCAAAUUAUUAGGGCAGUCAAAAAAUAGUUCUGGCAGUGAUGAAAUAUCGGGAAUGGAUGAAGGUUUCAUGAGAGGCGAUUCACUAGACACAGUUUUCACCACUUCCCCGCCUGAAAUAAGCACUACAGAAGUUACAACAACUGAUAGAAGAAUAUCAUCAACACCGAACCUAAGAGACACACACUCCAGCGACGUUUUAUCAGAAGAGAAAUUGACAGAAAUGACAGAAGGAAUAGAACUCUCCAAACUGACGUAUUCCGAACUACAAUCGUUAGCUGAAUCACUGUCUAAAAAAACUGCUAAAACAUCUUCUAGUAAAGAAGAUUGGUCUGUCAGUAAGUCUAAGAGAUUAGACUUAAAUUUAGAUGGUAAAGCUGGAACAUAUUCGAGAAAACGAGCUGAAAAGAUAAGACAAAGAAAAUCGUGGGAAGAUCAAAACUACCAAGAGACAAUGGAGCUACAAGAUUUAACAAGGCCAAUAUCUCCGCACAUGACGUCAGAAGAUCGAUCACUGCUCAGUCCCGAACAGUCAAGCCUCCGUAUGAGUAGACGAGGAAUACGCCCCUUUCAAUUUUUAGGCACUCACCUUGACAACACAAAAACGAAGAUAAAGAAAACAUUAUCAGUUGACACUGGAAUGCAUCAUACGGGAAGGAAAGACAGAAAACCACUGUCGCAACGGUCACAGCGCAAGUUCAGCCUGGGGUCCUUCUUCGGUUACAACCGCGGCGCCGCUGCGAAGAUGAAUUGUAGUGAUGUGGUUGUGGAUAUCGAUAGCGACUACAGCUGGAGCGAUUGUAGUUCAACCUCAUCAAGUAGUGAUUCGGAGUCAAUUCCUCGUACGCCAGUUUUUGAAGAGUUCAUUGAAAGCAACUCAAGAAGGUCACGCGGCUUUUCUAAUCAAGGCCAAGAAUCGCCAAUCAGAGCCUACGCUGGAAGUGGUAGCCAUUGGGAAGUAAUGAUGCUUGCGGAUGAGCUGGAAAAGAGGGAGAGAGAGAAGGAAAGGGAUGAGAAUAAAAGACUACAGUACCCCACGGGCUUAAGAGAUUUGGAAGAGGAAUCCGACACCCCACAUCGAGAAGACAGCCCAGACGAUCUGUCCAACAUGGAAGACUCAAAUUCAACGACCCAACUACUGUCUCAAUCUAUAAGCGAGGCGUCGCACAAGUCAAUGGAAACUUCCUUCACGGAGAGUUGCACGGGGAGACCACAUCGAGUUGGAUCUGUUGGAGAACAAGUAAGACCGACGUCGUCCCUUCUACAAUCAAGGGGGCUCAUCCUACGAGCGGCAAGCUUGGACCGAGAAAGAACGACUACUUCUCACUCUAGAAGGUUCGGCGGCUCCCUCAAGAGUUCCAGCACGGACUCACAUAAGAGUCUCAAAAGACUCUGAUCCGCUUUCCAACACGGCCCAACGAGGACCAAAAUUAUAAAUAAACCUAAAUUUAACAUUAAAAAGAAAUAUUAUGCAUGUAAAAAUAAAACAGAAAAUCAUAAAAAAUAUAAUUUAGGAAGCUCUUUAUUAAAACAAAAUAUUACUUUUAAUGACCUCAACGUUGCAAAUAAUACAUUAAACUCUUGUCAUAGCAAUCAUAUGAUCGAUAUGUUCCCAAACGUAUUGAUUGAAAAUUUAGAUAUGGAUUUUGUAAGUAACGGACGAGAGAAUAGUAAUCGACUUCGCGACGACCAACCUAUUGUUGGCAGUCAAUUAUUAAUAGUCGUUAUAAUUACGAACGAUUUACGUUUUGUCAUAUUUUAUUUUAUUAUACAAGUAUAAAGAUUCAGUUCUUCGGCAUAUAUUAAUAAGCUAAACUAACAAAUAAAACAAUCGAAUCGCAGCAUUUUAAGUAAACAGCAAAAUUAAAAGCGAGUUUAAUUCUAAAGUUUUAAUGCAUAUUAAAAAGAUUUUUAUAUAAACACUGAAAGCGUUGCAAAAUAAGAUGUUGAGCGCUGAUUUAAAAACACAAAUACAUUUAAAUCAAAUUAAAAUUACAAAUUACAAUUGACAAAAUUAAUGUCC